GCUGACUUCGUAGUGAGCUUUUUGCAAGUAUAAAACUCCCCAACAGCUCUUGAGGUGGUGGACGUAGGUGAUUUCUUUUUUUUCUUGUAGCGUUACGGGAGUAACAAAAAGAAACACCAUGGAAAGUAACCCAUGUUUGCCUCUCAUUUUCUUUCUUAUUAUUUCUUGUUCUGUUGCCCAAAUCGAAGCUGGCAUGAGGCAAAGUGAAGCACUUGGCCAUCUCUACAAGGCCAAGUUGGAGGGAAAUUCUAAAGUUGACAGUGCUCUUUUUCAAGCAACCGAACAUGUAGAUAUAUCCAAGUUUCAUCAUCAAGAGGGAUUAAAGGAGAAAGAUAGAAUAGAGAGCUUGCCUGGACAGCCAAAAGUAGAGUUCUCGCAAUAUGGUGGUUAUGUUACUGUUGAUAAAUCUGCUGGACGAGCACUCUAUUAUUACUUUGUUGAGGCUCAACAUUCUAAAGAGUCUUCGCCUCUUCUUCUCUGGCUCAAUGGAGGCCCUGGUUGUUCAUCUCUGGCAUACGGUGCAAUGCAAGAACUUGGACCAUUUCGAGUAUAUAGUGAUGGCAAAAAACUUUAUAAAAACAGAUACUCAUGGAAUUAUGCUGCAAAUGUUUUGUUUCUUGAAUCUCCUGCGGGAGUGGGGUUUUCAUACUCGAACACAACAUCAGAUUACGAGAAAAGUGGAGACAAGAGAACAGCUGAAGAUAAUUAUGUGUUCUUAGUGAAUUGGCUGGAGAGGUUUUCUGAGUAUAAAGAUAGAGAAUUCUACAUAUCAGGUGAAAGCUAUGCAGGACAUUAUGUGCCUGAACUUGCUCACACUAUUCUAUACCAUAACAAGAAGGCUAAGAAGGCCAUUAUCAAUCUCAAAGGAAUUCUUAUUGGGAAUGCAGUAAUCAACCCUGAAACUGAUAGAAUAGGGAUGUAUGACUACUUAGGAAGCCAUGCUAUAAUUUCAGAUGUGUUGGUUCAUAAAGUACGAACACAUUGCAAUUUCUCAUUCAAUGCAACACCUCAGUCUGAUGAGUGCAAUGAAGCAGUAGAUGAAGUAAGAAAGGAUACUCAUCAUAUCGAUAUAUACAACAUCUAUGCUCCAUCAUGCUUUUAUAAGAGUACCACAGCAAAGCCGAAGAAACCUUCUUUGGUGAACUUCGAUCCCUGCAGUGAUUAUUACGUGUAUGCUUAUCUUAAUCGACCUGAUGUCCAAGAAGCCAUGCAUGCCAAUGUAACCAAACUCACUCAUGAUUGGGAACCUUGUAGUGAUGUAAUAACAAGUUGGUCAGAUAGCCCUUCAACAAUUAUUCCUCUACUGCAAGAGCUCAUGGCAAACGGUCUUCGAGUGUGGAUAUUUAGCGGUGAUACAGAUGCGAGGGUGCCGGUUACUUCAACUCAGUAUUCUAUUGAUAAGAUGAAACUUCAAGUAAAAACCGAAUGGCAUCCUUGGUACCUCAAAGGGGAGGUUGGAGGAUAUACGCAAGUGUACAGAGGAGAUUUGACAUUUGCCACCGUAAGGGGGGCAGGACAUCAAGUGCCAACCUAUCAGCCAUUGAGAGCACUUUCCUUAAUCAAGCAUUUCCUUCAUGGCACAUCUCUUCCAGAUACUACGAGAUAUUAAACUCAUUUCUCUGUAAUUUUAUUCAAACCAUCACUUCUUGAUUAUAAAUAAGAAACCAUUGAUUCGACUAA